AAACUCUUUUCAGUCCCCUUUACCUUUUGUUUCUUCAAACUCAUUCAUAUCAUCACACCUUUCCCAUGAAUCCCUACUGAAUCUUCUUCCUCAAACCCUACCAUGCAACCCCUCAAAGUCUCCUUUCCAUUCAUUCUAAUCGUCUUCUUCACGUGUUGUCACUUUCAUCCAUGCCGCUCUGGCCUACUCUCUGAGCCUGCUCAACCGCUCCAACCACCGGAUUUGUCCACUCCAAACACCAUCCCUUCCUUUCCGGUUCAGACCGCUGCACGGACUUGUCAGCUCGAUUUAUCCGCUGAGCUCUUCGGCGGAGUAAACGCCGCGUGUGGCCAUAACCUCGACCGGAGUCGUUGCUGUCCCGUUCUCGCAGCGUGGCUCUUUGCAGCUCACGCUCGGUCGGCACUCCAAGUGAAUUCUUCCACGUCGUCUCCGGCGUCCUCCGCAGGGAUGCCGAUAAUGCCUGACGAUUCUCAGAAAUGCGUCAACUCGUUGCAAAGCUCGUUGCAGAAACAGAACAUUCACAUUCCUCAACCAAACGCGUCGUGCGACGCCGUAUUAUGCUUCUGCGGCAUCCGCCUCCACCAAAUCACUUCCCUUACCUGUAACACCGCCUUCAAUCUCACUGCUCGGAAUGCGACGCCUAAGGCCGUCGUCAGAAACUUAGAAAAGAAUUGCCGGAACUCCACCUACGCCGGAUGCACAAAAUGCCUCGGAGCUCUGCAAAAGCUAAACGGCGAGGGCAAAAAUGGAACAACAAAAGGUGACCGGACGAGUAAGAUGCUGAAUCGAGAUUGUCAGCUGAUGGGACUGACAUGGCUGCUAGCGAAGAACAAGACGGCGUACAUACCGACGGUUUCUGCUGUAUUGCGUGCCAUCAUGUACACUGCGCACCCACCCCAUGAAUCUAUGUGUAGCCCCGAUCAGGAGAACAUGCCGUUGGCCGUUGAUUCGUUGCAGUUCGAUAAAUCGGAGUCCUCUUCUUCCUCUUCGUCGCCGUCGUCGUCAUCAUUAUCUUGGUCAAGUGCUGUUUUUCUUGUAAUGACGAUAUUGCCCCUACUGAUUUUUGUGUAGUUUGUCUUGUCUUUUGGGUUCAUGCGGAUUUUGCUGAUGCUAUCUGUGCAUGUUACUUGCUACGGAGU